AUGGUGGUCACCGGGCCGCAGGUAACCAUGGAGAAGGAGCUUCGGAGCACCAUUCUUUUCAAUGCAUACAAAAAGGAAAUAUUUACCACCAACAAUGGCUAUAAAUCCAUGCAGAAGAGGCUUCGGAGCAAUUGGAAGAUUCAGAGCUUAAAAGAUGAAAUCACAUCUGAGAAGUUAAUUGGUGUGAAACUGUGGAUUACAGCUGGGCCAAGGGAAAAAUUUACUGCAGCUGAGUUUGAGGUCCUGAAGAAAUACCUUGACGGCGGUGGAGAUAUCCUUGUGAUGCUAGGAGAGGGUGGGGAGUCCAGAUUUGACACCAAUAUUAACUUUCUCCUGGAAGAAUACGGAAUCAUGGUUAAUAAUGAUGCUGUGGUUAGAAAUGUAUAUUACAAGUAUUUUCAUCCUAAAGAAGCUCUAGUUUCCAAUGGAGUCUUGAAUAGGGAGAUUAGCCGAGCUGCCGGGAAGGCUGUGCCUGGAAUCAUUGAGGAGGAGAGCAGUGGGAACAAUGCCCAGGCUCUCACCUUUGUAUAUCCUUUUGGUGCCACAUUGAGUGUCAUGAAACCAGCAGUUGCUGUUCUGUCCACGGGUUCUGUCUGUUUCCCACUGAACAGACCCAUUCUGGCUUUCUAUCACUCUAAGAACCAAGGUGGGAAGCUGGCAGUGCUUGGCUCAUGUCACAUGUUUAAUGACCAAUAUUUGGAUAAAGAAGAAAAUAGCAAAAUCAUGGAUGUUGUUUUCCAGUGGCUUACAACAGAAGACAUUCAUCUAAACCAGAUUGAUGCUGAGGAUCCAGAGAUUUCUGACUACAUGAUGCUGCCCGACACAGCCACCCUGUCCGAGAUGCUCCGAGUGUGUCUCCAAGAGGGUGACGAGAACCCACGGGACUUCACCACCCUCUUUGACCUGUCCAUUUACCAGCUGGACGUCACCUCCCUCUCCAGGGUCAUCAAGGCUUAUGAGCAGCUCAACGUGAAGCAUGAACCGCUCCAGCUCAUCCAGCCUCAGUUUGAGACCCCGCUGCCUGCCCUGCAGCCGGCGGUUUUCCCUCCCAGUUUCAGGGAAUUGCCACCCCCUCCCCUGGAGCUAUUUGACCUGGAUGAGACCUUCUCCUCUGAGAAGGCACGGCUUGCCCAGAUUACCAAUAAGUGUACCGAAGAAGACCUGGAAUUCUAUGUCAGGAAGUGUGGCGACAUCCUUGGAGUAACCAAUAAACUACCAAAGGACCAACAAGAUGCCAAACACAUCCUUGAGCACAUCUUUUUCCAAGUGGUGGAGUUCAAGAAGUUGAACCAGGAACAUGAUAUUGAUACAAAUGAAGCUGCAUUCCAGACAAUUUCUGAGGACGGUGCCUCUUGA